AACUAUAAAAACUAUAUAAGAGAUUAAAAAAACAGACAAAAGCAACCUUUCUCCAAUCUCCCAGAUUGCGAAACACUUUAUCACACAGAGCACAUUCAUGUGGAAAUUGCUGAAUUAAGCAGCUCUGGGAGAAAAAGUCUUUUCAGUCUAUUUGCCCCCUUUUUUAUUUUUUUGUACUCUCUGUUAUGGCGCGGUGGUGUCCAGGUGUGAGAUGGAUCUAUUAUGAUAUUAUAUGAUAUUAAAUGAAAAAGAAAACACAGCUUGUAUUUCCUAUUAAACACUGAGAUGCAAUAACACACAUUACAAAAGCAUAUAGCCACCUGGUGAUGUGAACAUGAAGCGAUUCAGAUUCAAACUGUGUUUCUCACAGUUUUUUAUACCCGAAAGUUACGGGGGGAGGGGGCAAAGAUAAAACCACACUGGAUUUUCCAGUAAAGUUGCUGCACAGCAUUACUGCUCUACUGAAAACCCCAUCUGGAUAAUCAAAACAUUUAACCACAGAGCUGGGAUUACUCAUGCUAUCAAGUUUGGCGCUUGCUGAAAUUGUUCCAAAGUUCCCAAACAAAUUUCCCAUUUCAACAGAGCAGAAACAUCCUGAACUGGGUGAGAAAAUAUAAUAACAGCAGUGUAGCCAUUUAAAAGCACAGAAAGUUUUGUUUAUUGAUUCUUGGAGGAUUGACCCCUAAUGACUUGUAGGCUGAAGUUUCAGACUUCUCUAUUGUCUUCUCUGCAACAAGGUUUCAGAGUUCUAUUUGAAUCCCAAAACAAAAGUUCAAAUUCUGGAAGUGAUUGAAUAUCUAUGAUUUGUUUCAGGCACUGUCUGUGUCAUUUCAUAUUCAGAUGAACCCCACAAUAUUUUGAUCCCCCAGCUUCACUUGUAGUGGCUAUAUUUGAAACUCUAGUUGUAGUUGUUGGCUGUAGCUAUAAAAACAGUUACACACACGUGUCUCACAUGUCGCACUAACUGGCCUCCAUGUGAGUUAUUUUCUCAUGCUAAUCGGGUGGGCUUGAGAGCAUAAUGCUGUACUUUAGCAGUAGAGAAGAGGGUAACAAAUAUAAACACAGCACAUUGCUCAGAGUGGUUGUAAUGGGGAAACAUUAACUAAACAGAACAUAUUUUGGGAGGCUGUAGCUGAGGAGAUAAAGCAGACCAUCUACUAAUGUGAAGAUUAGUGGUUUGAUUCCUGCCUGCUCCAGUCUGCAUGCCAAAGUAUCCUUGGUCAAGGUACUGAUCCCAAAGUUGCUCCUGUCAGUGUGAAUGUGUUUAUAUGUUAGACAGAACGCACUUAGAAAGAAAGGUGCUUGUGUGAAUGAGGCAUGUAGAGUAGAAAAACACUGUAUAAAAGCAGAAGGUUUAUAACAAUGAGGGGGGAAAACAGCUUUUUGUUAUUAAUGUGUAAUGCAUAUAUAGACAGGUGGAAAAAAUGCAGGAAACCCACCAUAAGUCAUCUUAGUUAGGACACCUUCAGUGCUCUGUGGCAUAGACUUUACAUAGUACGGGGGCCAUAAAAUAUAAUUCAUCAUCAUCAAGCCAGUCACUGAGCCCUGAUGUCCUCUGGAUAGGCCUCCCCUCGAACAGAAAGCUCCCAUCAGGACAGAAAGAUCACUCUGAACUUUGUAUUGAUUUGCUGUGACCCUUCCCUUUGACAGGACAAGUUGACUCCCACACAGUAUAACAGAACCACUAGCAGGGUUCAAAGGUUUAAUGGUUUUUUUUUCCUUUAAUUUGACACCUGUUUGGAUAUAAAACAGCUCUGCUCUCCAGAAUUUGAAGGCCCACAGCUCGAACCUUUCUGCCUCUGAGCUCUGAGUGCGAGACACACAAUCUGCCUUCUGGAGGCUCCAGUUACCUUAAAGAAGCUCAACUCUAUUUCCCCAAUUGUAUAUUUAGAAGUACAUCACAUACUGUGCAACUCACAUGGCACAUUCCAAAAAUCAGUCUGUUGCCCUUGCCACUGCAAAGAGACACUCCUUAGAUUACUCACAGCCCUCAUUAUGACAGCAAAUCUAGUCUCUGCAUUUUAAAUGAAUUGCUAAAACAACCUGACAGGUCAGACUCUCAGGCUCCCUGGUUUCAUGAGGUUUAUGUGCAGCCCUCUAACCCCAUUAUUCUGCAGACACUAUCUCACCGCUGAGGUCCUGCAACUGGGAAGGUUUACUGUAAGAAUCAAUACUCUGGACACGCAGAGGAUGUGUGCACCACCAGUCACCUGUUCACCCUGCUACAACCUGUGGGAUUUAGCCAUUUCCUCAGUUUGAAACCACAAUGUUAAAGAUCUAUGCAGGUCUAGUGAAUGCAAAGAUGAGUGACAGAUUAAAGAGGAAACACCAACCACUAAUCCCGUCAGUGACACUGGCCCUCUUGCUGUGCACUGACCAUACGUUGAUCCGACAACUGAAAUUUCCUAUCCCAAUGAUGCGAGUACUUCUGCUGUAUAAGGUCUCGCUUACAGGUCUCAUUGCUACCUUCAGAAAUAUCUGGAAUAUCCUAAACACUUCUAGUUUUUGUCUAAUGUUGUAGUUUCUAUCUAAUGAUGAUGAUGAUUAUUAUUGUGGGUGCCUGGAGAGUGACUGGAAGUCCUGGUUUAGUGCUUUCAGCUGGUGUGUAAUCUGAACCCCGGAUAGUGACAGCCGUGGUGGGUGACAGUCAGGACGUUUGGUAGGGGGAUUUAGAGCUCUUCAUCUGCCUUCAGUCUCGCUGUCUUUCUUUUUCUCUUAGACUUUAUACUUGAAUAUAGUGCAGCACAGUGCAGUGCAGUGCAGAGCAGCAGAGAGGUCCUGGAAUACGAUGGCAGUGCGUAGUCUUUGGAUAGCUUUCGGAGUUGUAACUAUUCUUGGGACUUUAGCGGGACUGGUGCAAUGUAAUCAGGAGACAGAGCUGAUCGGGGACUUGUUCAAAAACUACAACAAGAAUAUACGUCCAGUAUUACAUCCUGAAGACAAAUUGGGGGUUCAGAUCAAGCUGACCCUCACUAAUCUUAUUUCCCUGAAUGAAAAGGAGGAGACUCUUACAACCAAUGUGUGGAUUGAGAUUCAAUGGAAUGAUUACCGCCUUGCCUGGAAUACAUCUCAGUAUUAUGGCAUUGAGGUUAUUCGUGUCCCGUGCAAAACUGUCUGGCUUCCCGAUAUAGUUCUUGAAAACAACAUUGAUGGCAAAUUUGAUGUGGCCUACUACGCCAAUGUGUUGAUCAGCAGUGAUGGUGGGAUUUACUGGCUGCCUCCUGCUAUCUAUCGCAGCACGUGUGCCAUUGAGAUCACCUACUUCCCGUUUGAUUAUCAAAACUGCACACUUGCAUUCAGAUCCCAGACUUACAGUGCCAAUGAAGUGGAUCUCACCUUGGCUGUUGGAGAAACAGGGGAGAUUAUUGAAUGGGUGGACAUCGACCCUGAGGCUUUCACGGAGAACGGUGAGUGGGCCAUUGUCCAUCGUCCAGCCAGGAAGAUGAUCAACAGUCGGUAUUCCCCAGAUGACCUGGAGUAUCAGGAGAUCACGUUCAAUCUGGUCAUCCAAAGGAAGCCGCUGUUCUACAUCAUCAAUGUUAUCCUCCCCUGUUCCCUUAUCUCGUCUCUGGUCGUACUGGCCUACUUCCUACCUGCACAAGCUGGAGGACAGAAGCUGACCGUGUCCAUCUCUGUUUUGCUGGCUCAGACUGUCUUCCUCUUUCUUAUCGCUCAGAAGAUCCCCGAGACCUCUCUGUCUGUCCCUCUAAUUGGAAAGUACCUGAUCUUUGUGAUGUGUGUCACUACUCUCAUUGCUACAAAUCAAAUUGUAGUGCUGAACUUCUCACUGCGCAGCCCCAGCACUCACACCAUGUCCCAAACCCUCAAACAUCUGUUCUUGAAAAUGGUUCCUCGCUUCUUGGGCAUGUCUCCGCUGGUAGAUGAUAGUGAGGUGACAACAGAGGUAAAUGGGGUGAGGGAGCGGCGGCGCAGCUCCUUUGGCCUCAUGCAGAGAGCAGAGGAAUAUGUGCUCAAGCAGCCUCGCAGUGAAAUGAUGUUUGACAAGCAAAGAGAGAGGCAUGGUCUCACGCGAUCCAUUGUGGACAGUAUAGAUGUCAGCAGCACAGCUAACCUAUAUAAGAGUUUGGCCCAAGCUGCACCUGAGAUUAAGCAAUGUGUGGAUGCCUGCAACUUCAUUGCUGACAGUACAAGGCAACAAAAUACCAUUGGCUCUGAAAUUGAAAGCUGGGUCUUGAUCGGGAAAAUGGUCGACAAGGUGUGUUUCUGGGCGGCUAUUUCUCUAUUCAUCAUCGGCACAGUGUGGAUCUUCCUAACAGGACACUUCAACCGUGCCCCAGAAUUACCAUUUCCAGGAGAGAGUAAAAAUAUGCCCCAACUUAAAAAAGGGGGGGGGGAGAAAUUUUCUCUGUUUAAUGUUUUCAAAGUAUAUUUUGCCUCGUGCUGUUUAUGAUGACGAACGCAAUGUUCACUGACCCCAUGGUUAAGAUUCAGGGCGGAGUAAAGUCUGUGUGUAAUAACGACAAAUCUUUCUGUUUCCAUGCUUGUCAAGCACCUGAGCAUCAACAUUCAACGUUUCUUAACUUCUAAACUAAGUUGCCAGCAUUUCUGUAUUAAAUCAUCAUUAUUAAAUCACAAUUAUUUGGUUAGUUUUGGGGUAGGAGAAUUUAAGCAAGCCCAGACUUACAGCUUAUGGAUGCAUUUUGAAAAAAAAAUGUUAAAGGCACUGCACCACCAUGCAAAGGGAUUUAAUUCUAUUCCAGAAAAUGACUUUUAUGACUUUGUUUUGCAUAACAUGAAGCUACAGGCACUGUAUGCUUUAACUAAAGAACCCAUUUUACUUCCAUGACCAUCUACAAAACACUCAGAAAACAUAUCCCUGCGCACAUAUUAUGUCUUAUGGUCAUUAUCUAUAUAUGUAACAUGAGCCAACCAACUCUAAAUCAAAGCCUUAUUCUUCUUACUAUGACUUAUUUAUUGGAACGUAUUGCGUACAGUAGAUGGCUCAGUGGGACACUGUUUGGAGUUAACUGUGCCAGGACUUCUUUUUUUAAAUAAAUGUUUUCGUUUAUUACAAAGUGUGUAUUUUAAUCUUGAACUGAAUGUCUAAGUAGGUGUAUUAUAUGUUUAUACGUCAGACAGUGUGAAUCUCCAAAGUGUGGCUAAAACAUAAAACUGUGAUCAUAUUUUUUACAGUUAUUUUGAGUGGUGUUACUCAGCUGAUUCAAUAAAUGUGACAGAAAUGGGCUAACAAAUAAAAAAAAAGUCUAAACAUGGUUGAGAUUUCACACACUGAAGACUUGAAUGGUCUAUGUUUGUUUUUCUGUUCGUGUCCAGCUGUGUCCAACAUACACAGUUGGGUAUUUGAGGGAGAUAUUCUGUAAUAUAGUGUGUUUAUGGCAAAAACACAGGAGAACUCACAUCGAAUACGUUUGGAUCUGCCAUCAGGUUGUAUUCGUUUUAUAAUGUGUCUAAUAAUAUUUAAUAAAGUGGAAUAAAAUGUGAGGUUAAACCACA